UCUCUGUGCAGCGCACUUACACUGUUGCUCCUCCAGCCCAGCACUAACUUUUAGAGCCGUUUUAUGCCUCCGGAGGGGAACAGAGCGACCCCGCAGCGCCGCCGUUGCCGUUGUAAGUCGUCGCCGCGCCCGCACAGCGUCGGAUACUGAAGCUGGGAGGUGGAGAAAUGCCCGUUGCUGUCUGGACUCGUCACACAACUGACUGAUGCAUCCUCGCUCGGCUCAGUUCAGCCCUCCGCAUGUCGUCGAUGUUGUUGACCUUGAAGUACAUGGUGGGUUUUUGAGAGGAACGGUAACUGGCGACCAUGCCAGGAGGCCGCAGGGGUCCCAGCAGACAGCAGCUAAGUCGCGCCUCUCUGCCGUCCCUGCAGACUCUGGUCGGAGGCAGCGUCAGCAAUGGCAUGGGCCUCAGGAACAGAAGCAGUAACUCGGUGGGUCUGUCUGCUCCACCCAUUUCUACUCUCAUCACUCCGGAGCUGGUCCGUCACUCGCGGAUCCCAGAGCUGCCGUUGGACAGCAGCUUCCUGUUUGAGUUCCUGCUCUUUCUCUACCUGUUGGUUGCUUUAUUCGUCCAGUACAUCAACAUCUACAGGACGGUGUGGUGGUACCCCUACAGUCAUCCGGCUGCCUCUACCUCACUCAACUUUCAUCUAAUGGACUACCACCUGGCUAUCUUCAUCACUGUCAUGUUGGCCAGGAGGCUUGUUUGGACCAUCGUGUCAGAGGUGUCUCAUAGCAGUGGAGGGUCCCUGUUCCGUUACAUAAUACUUAUUACAGCGCGGCUCAGCCUGCUGACCAUGUGCGGCUGGGUGCUCUGCUGGACGCUGGUCAACCUGUGCAGGAACCACUCUGUCCUCAACCUUCUGUUCCUGGGAUACCCAUUCGGUGUGUACGUCCCACUCUGCUGCUUCCAUCAGGAAGGAGGGAAAAGCCAAGCGCCGGGAUCUGACUGCGAAUACCCCGCCGAACACCAGCAGGCCGACCUCACAGAGUCCCAGCUCUUCCGACCUCGCGACUUCCUCUUCCUCUUGCGGGAGAACAUCAGAGAACAGUUCUCCAGCCCACCACACAUGCCCACUCACACCUGCCCGCAGCACAUACACUCGGACACGCCCGAGCUGAUUCGGGCAGAAGUGGAGGAGCUGAAAAGCGACUUUAACCGGCGGAUCAAAGAAGUGCUAUUCAACUCACUGUUCAGUGCUUACUAUGUAGCCUUCUUGCCUCUCUGCUUUGUCAAGAGUACACAGUACUACGACAUGCGCUGGUCUUGUGAGCAUCUGAUUAUGGUGUGGAUCAACGCCUUUGUGAUGCUGAUGAGCCAACUGCUGCCUCCCAGCUACUGCGACUUGCUCCAUCGCUCGGCGGCUCACCUGGGCCGCUGGCAGAAACUGGAGCACGGUUCAUACAGUAACACACCUCAGCAUGUGUGGUCAGAAAGCACUGUUUGGCCUCAGGGGGUGUUGGUACGACACAGUCGAUGUCUAUACAAGGCUGUAGGAUCCUAUAAUGUUGCGCUUCCCUCCGACGUUUCCCAUGCAAGGUUUUAUUUCCUGUUUCAUAAGCCAUUGCGGAUCUUGAACCUGCUGAUCGGGAUCGAGUCCAGCGUGGUUUUGUACCAGUUAUACUCUCUGCUGCGCUCUGAGCGCUGGAACCACACGCUGUCGCUGGGCCUUAUUCUCCUCUGCAACUAUUACGUGCUUUUUAAACUUCUUCGAGAUCGCAUUGUGCUGGGCAAAGCCUACUCCUACCCUCUGUCCUCCAGCAGUUCGGGGCUCAAGUCGCAGUAAAGGACAACAAAACCUCACCUACAAACUCUGGAUGUGGAGCUGUGGGCCGGAGGGGGUGCAGACUGUGAACUCAUAACUGUGUUUUUGAUACGGUUCUAUUUUUAAUGCGAUGUUUGUAUAUGCCUAUUUAAAAGAAUAUUUUUAUUUUGUAUACUAUUUCGUGUUACACCGGGCAUUACCGCUCUGACAUUAGCAUGUUGUUACGUUGUUGCCAGACGACAGGGAAGUCAGGGAAUGCCUGGGGGUGACUUUCACCAAAGAUGCUUCAAGUGCAAGCGGCCAAUCACACAUCAGAUGUGGCCCUAAACUGUUAAUAAAGUGAGGAACUCCAGAUGAGAGGAAGGAUUUGUGCCUGA